CACACUCACACACACUCACACACACACUCUCACACUCUCACACUUCCGCGUUGUGUGUCGCCGUAAAGCAGGAAGCAGUGUAGUAACGUGUGGCAGUCCACGGUCCUGCUGCGGUUCACCUCCAGGAGCCGGGGGUUCGAUGCUGGGAGAAGCUACAUGGAGGCUAAGUGACUGAGUGAGCCCGGAGCAGAGACACCGCAGCGCCGCAUAGCAGCAGGAUGCCAGCCGGAGUGUGUGGCUGCUGUGGGCCCCUGAGGCCGAGGUACAAGCGCCUGGUGGACAACAUCUUCCCCGAGGACCCCAAGGACGGCCUCAGUAAGUCCGACAUGGAGAAGCUGACCUUCUACGCCGUGUCGGCUCCAGAGAAGCUGGACCGGAUCGGAUCUUACCUGGCGGAGCGGCUGAGCAGAGACGUGGUGCGACACAGAUACGGGUACGUGGUCAUUGCCAUGGAGGCUCUGGACCAGCUGCUGAUGGCCUGUCACUCCCAGAGCAUCAAGCCCUUCGUGGAGAGCUUCCUGCACAUGGUCGCCAAGCUGCUGGAGUCCAGGGAACCGGACCUGCAGGUGCUGGGAACCAACUCGUUUGUGAAGUUUGCCAACAUUGAGGAGGACACGCCCUCCUACCAUCGCCGCUACGACUUCUUCGUGUCUCAGUUCAGUGCCAUGUGCCACUCCAUGCACGAGGACCCUGAGACCAGAACCAGGAUCCGAGUGGCGGGGAUCAAGGGGCUGCAGGGCGUGGUGAGGAAGACGGUGAACGACGAGCUGCAGGCCAUCAUCUGGGAGCCGCAGCACAUGGACAAGCUGAUCCCCUCCAUGCUCUUCAACAUGCAGGACAGUGACGACCUGGACAGGGCGGGGCACCCCGGCACGCCGUCGGGGGCGGGGCAGGACGGCGAUGAGAACCCUGCGUCGCUGGCUGAGAGCUGCUUCAGAGAGCUGCUGGGCCGGGCGGCCUAUGGCAACAUGAACAACGCUGUCCGGCCCGUGUUAGUGCACCUGGACAACCACCACCUGUGGGACCCCAACGAGUUUGCAGUUUCCUGCUUCAGAAUCAUCAUGUACUCCAUCCAGGCGCAGCACUCCCACCACGUCAUCCAGCAGGUGCUGAACCACCUGGACACUCACAAGAAGACGGCUCCCCGGGUCAGAGCCGGCAUCGUGCAGGUGCUGCUGGAGACGGUGGCCAUCGCCGCCAAAGGCUCCGUGGGCCCCACGGUGCUGGAGGUGUUCAACACUCUGCUCAAACACCUGCGGAUGAGCGUGGACUUCGAGAUGGGCGACAGCUCGAGGAGAAGCUCCUGCAUCAGCGUCUCGUCCGGCCGCGGCAAAGAGAGCGAGGAGCGGAUCGUCCAGAACGCCAUCAUCCAGACCAUCGGCUUCUUCGGUGGGAACCUUCCAGACUACCAGCGAGCGGAGGUCAUGAUGUUCAUCAUGGGCAAAGUGCCGGUGUACGGAACCCCCUGCCACACCAUGGACACCAGCAAGAUCGGGCAUCAGGGAACCAAGAGGAUCCAGGCCAUGCUGCUCAGCUCCCUCAUCAUGGUGACCUCGGGCUUCAAGUCCAAGUCCAUGGCGGCUGCUCUGCCUCCCCCCUUCCUCGACCCGCUCUUCUCCAUCUCCCUGAUGGAGGACAGUGAGCUGAGGCAGCUGGUGCUGGAGAUCCUGCUCAACAUCAUCGACCGGCACGACAACCGGGCCAAGCUCCGCGGCAUCAGAAUCAUCCCUAAUGUUGCAGCUUUGAAGAUCAAGAGAGAAAAGAUUUCCAAGCAGGACGUGGCCUUCAUGAAGAAGCACGGCCAGCAGCUCUACCGUCACAUCUACCUGGGCUGCAAAGAAGAGGACAACGUGCAGAAGAACUUUGAGCUGCUCUUCACCAGCCUGGCCAUCCUGACCAUCGAGCUGGCCAACGAGGAGGUGGUCAUCGACCUCAUCCGCCUCGCCAUCGCUCUGCAGGACAUGGUUCUGGCCAACGAGGAGAACAUGCCCAUGUCCAUCCGCUGCGGCGUCAUGGCGCUGGUGGCGGCGUAUCUCAACUUCCUGAGUCAGAUGAUCGCCAACCCGCCGUUCUGCCAGCACGUCAGCAAGGUUGUCGAGUUGAGGAACAUGGACGCUCCCUACCUGCUCCCAGAGCACGUCUUCAGAGACAAGUGUGUACUCCCUGAAUCUCUGGACAAGGACGACAGGCUGUUGUACUUCCAGGUGUCGGACAUGGCCGAGUGUCUGGCAGGACCAGGAUACAACGCUGAGCGGCUGUCCGUCCCCUACGUCCCCCAGGUCACAGAUGAAGACCGUCUCUCCAGGAGGAAGAGCAUUGUGGACACCAUCUCCCUCCAAGUGGACAUCAUGUCCCACAGCCUUCCAGACAAGUCUCAGCUGGCCGAGGAGAUCACGUUCGAGACUCUGAAGAAGGCCAUCGACACCACCGGGGUGGAGGAGCAGGAGCGGGAGAAGAGACGUCAGGUGAUAGAGAAGUUCCAGAAAGCUCCGUUUGAGGAGAUCGCCGCUCACUGCGAGUCCAAGGCGAACAUGUUGCACGACCGGCUGGCGCAGAUCUUCGAACUCACGAUUCGACCUCCUCCCAGUCCGUCCGGAGUGGUUUCCAUCUCAGCGGGACACACCGAGCACCAGUCCGUCCCCGUGUACGAGAUGAAGUUUCCAGACCUGUGUGUGUACUGAACAUCAGCGACACACACAGACACACACACACACACGCAACUCCACACGACAGCUGAAACGCACAAUGCUGAAUUAGAAAUGCUGAAAACGCAACGACACAAUCUGUCCUGCAGCUUCCUGCUCCGACCAGCAGGGGUCAGGAAAACCAACUGCAGCUAAACGACCAUUUUGGACUUUGAGGUAAAGAAACGUGAAACUUCUUCUUCCUCCAAACCUGAAUGUUCUGGUGGAGCCACAGGGCAUCGAACCUGAAUCCACUUCUGAAUCCGGUGGGUUUAUGAAAUGCUCUUGAGCACGACCCCCCCCCCCCCCCCCCCUGCUCCACACGAUUUGCUGCACUUUGUUUCCUGAAGCUGAAAAACGACUUAAUUCAACAUCAGCAGCUUUGAGAUUCCAGUGACUCUGAUGUUUCUGAGUCCUUCACCCUCUCACGUGUAGAUAUGCUCCAGCUUCACAUUCAGCUCCUGUACCAACAGUUUCAGUCUCAAGUGAAGCUGGUUCUCGCUGUAAAGCUUCUUCUUAAUAAUAAUAAUAAUAAUAAUAUCUGCUCUCGUGUCCGUCGGCCACUAACGAGUAGAAAUGCAAAACGUGUGCUUUGUCCUUCCCAGUGAAGCGUCCUGGUUUUAGUUCUGCUGCUGGUUCGACCUGUUCGCUCAGUCUUUGCUUUUUAAAUGUGAAUAAGCAGAACUGAGUUCAACAAGCAGCUCAGUGUCCCGUGUGGACAUGAGGUGAACUUUGAUUCAUCGCUCAGCAGAGAGAAUCACGAACAAAGAGCCGGCGACACUCGUCUCCUCAGCCGACGUGCUUCUCUGAGGAGACAGAGAGGAUUCUGGGAAUCUUCUGAUUUCUUAUUCUUGUGAAGUAGCUCGUGUGACAUAUUUUAAAUCUUAGUUUUCGUCAGCGAGUAUCGUCAACUGUCUCGAACCUUGAGUUAGAAUCUUCUCUUAUUUAACAGAUUUGAUCAAAUAGACUCGUGGGUGAGAACAAGAUUUUAAUAACAAACCACUUCAUCGUCUUCCAGCUCCCAUUUGUAUUUAAUUCAUAUCAUGAAGAAACUUCAGCCUCAUGUUUCUGCGUAUUAACACUUUGUGAUAUCAAACAACCUGAGACAGGAAACUGUUCAGCUCCUGAAUUCACUUCAAACUCUCGUCCUUCACACUUUGUGUUGUUUUAAAUCUACGAUUCAACCAGCGACUUUAAAUCCUCUUUUCUCUUUAGACAGUUUUUAAAAACACCAAACUCAAAGAUUCAUCUGAGUUUCAUUCCACAAUAAAAGCAGCAGCUGGAGCCUGGUACUAUUUACUGUAUAUAUAUAUAUAUAGAGAGAGAGAGAGAGCGAGAACUCUGAUACGAUACAUUCUGUAGGAUUUAAUCAUCGGUGCUGUUCCAACAUCUACCACAAGGCCGUGCUUUCCUCCUGAAGGAGACGUUGUUGGAGUGAGACCUUUCAUAUCUGGAGCUGCAGCUGUGAGGUGGAACAGAUGGUAUCAGUGUUUCCUCUGAUCUGAGCUCAGUGCUGGAGGCCGAGACCUGCUGCAGGAGCAGGCUGAAGGUCACUCAGAGCAGGCUGGAGGUCGGUCAGAGCAGGCUGAAGGUCGCUCAGAGCAGGUUGAAGGUCGAUCAGAGCAGGCUGAAGGUCGCUCAGAGCAGGCUGAAGGUCGAUCAGAGCAGGCUGAAGGUCGAUCAGAGCAGGCUGAAGGUCGAUCAGAGCAGGCUGAAGGUCGGUCAGAGCAGGCUGAAGGUCGGUCAGAGCAGGCUGAAGGUCGGUCAGAGCAGGCUGAAGGUCGGUCAGAGCAGGCUGAAGGUCGAUCAGAGCAGGCUGAAGGUCGGUCAGAGCAGGCUGAAGGUCGGUCAGAGCAGGCUGAAGGUCGGUCAGAGCAGGCUGAAGGUCGGUCAGAGCAGGCUGAAGGUCGGUCAGAGCAGGCUGAAGGUCGAUCAGACGAGGUUGAAGGUCGGUCAGAGCAGGCUGAAGGUCGCUCAGAGCAGGCUGAAGGUCGGUCAGAGCAGGCUGAAGGUCGGUCAGAGCAGGCUGAAGGUCGGUCAGAGCAGGCUGAAGGUCGGUCAGAGCAGGCUGAAGGUCGGUCAGAGCAGGCUGAAGGUCGCUCAGAGCAGGCUGAAGGUCAGUCAGAGCAGGCUGAAGGUCGGUCAGAGCUUCCUCUGGUUCAGAGACGACUCGUUCGUCCUCGACACAAAGACGUGAGCAGUUGUUUGGAUCCUGAGUGAGUUGAUGAAAGACGGAGAGAAGAAUGAAUGAAAGAAGAGAUGGAGAGACGUGAUGGAGCUUUGAGGACGUGAACGUUUCAGGUGGUUUUGUAUGUUUUAUAGUUGUUGAGCGCAGGUUGUGUUAGAAGUCAGAAAACUCUUCUGGUCCAGCAGCGUGAAGCCUCGUGUGAAGUCUCAGAAUCAAAGCUGCACCUGAAACUGAUUUGAAUCUUGAGAUCAGGGCGUCGACCUCUGAUCAGGAGAUGGGAUUAUAUAUAUUUUUAAAGAUUCAUUGAAGAACAAAUUAUUUCAUUGACUUGAUCCAAAAUCUGAUUUCUCUUCAAAAAGAUGCAAUUGAGCCAGAACAGAGAAAAACAUAAUUUUGUAUUAAAUUGAAUUUGUUUGAAGAACAAUUUGAUUCCACAGCUGAACAGCAGAUGAUUGGUUUGUUGGGAUGAGGCAGGAACAUGUGACCACUUCCUAUGAACGGGUCAUUAAAGCUGCUUAUCAGAUAUUUUUCUACAUUUUAUGCAUCACGUGUUGUUAAAUAGUUGCCGGGUAGAGAUUUAGAAAUCAGGAGAUAGAUUCUAAAAACAGAUUCUGAAUUCUCGUUCAUUUAGUUUCUGGAUGUUUAUCAUGAGAUCGACGGUUCAGGGUUUCAACGUUGUGACAAAUAUAACUUGAUUUUUUUAAUUGUAGAAUGCAUGUGAUUAAAGUAUGAUUGAAAUAAAGUAUGGAUUAUAUGUCA